UGGGCCACCGGCGCUGGGGCUCCCCCGCGACAGAACAACUUCCCCGGGGAUAUAAAUACCUCCCUGGCUAAAGAUAGUAUGGCUCAUGUGAUAUAGUGGCCACUGGCCUGGAGGGCAUCUGGAAACCUGUGAGGUCACUCUGAUGGGAGAAGUAGUUACACCGGUGACCACAUACUGAGCACCUACUGCAUGCGGGGCUCUGCAGCUGCCUCUUGCACGGAUAGCCUGGUUGCACAAAUAGCCCAAUUGCCUCUCACCCUGUGCCCUUUUGCAAAGCAAGGGUCCGAACUCCUUCCUGGCCUUACUUGCCUUCAAAGUGACAGCUGUUGCACAAGAUUGGAACGGUAUCUGCAAAGCAUCUUGAGUGAGGUUCACUUUGAGUGGCUUGUUCGGGGGGGAUUCAAUGAGAAGAGAGAACAGGAUUCAUACCCAGCCCAGGCCAUUGGCUCAGAGGUGGGCCGGGCAGAAGCUCCCAUCAGGGAGAAACAGUAACCCCAGUGGAUUAGAUGUCUGGAAGCUGAAUCCAUAUGGACCUUGAAGUCUUAGAAGGGAGGCGCUCAACCCUCUUUCCAGAAGCCUGGCUUCUGCAGUGAUGUCAGCCCUGACUGUGAAGUUCCUGACCAAGAGGUUUAUCAGCGAAUAUGACCCCAACUUGGAGGACACCUACAGCUCCGAGGAGACUGUGGACCACCAGCCCAUCCACCUGAGGGUCAUGGACACUGCAGACCCGGAUACCCCCAGGAACUGCGAGCGCUACCUGAACUGGGCCCAUGCCUUCCUGGUAGUCUACAGCGUGGACAGCCGCCAGAGCUUCGAGGGCAGCAGCAGCUACCUGGAGCUGCUCGCCCUGCACACUAAGGAGACGCAGCGCAGCUACCCGGCCCUGCUGCUGGGCAACAAGCUGGACAUGGCCCAGUACAGGCAGGUCACCAAGGCCGAGGGUGCGGCUCUGGCUGGCAGGUUCGGGUGCCUGUUCUUCGAGGUCUCCGCCUGUCUGGACUUCGAGCAUGUGCAGCAUGUGUUCCACGAGGCGGUACGGGAGGCUCGGCGGGAGCUGGAGAGGUGCCCCCCCGCCCGGCCCCUCUUCAUCUCCGAGGACAGGGCCCCUACGCACCAGGCACCACUUACUGCCCGGCAUGGGCUGGCCAGCUGCACCUUCAACACGCUGUCCACUGUCAGUCUGAAGGAGAUGCCCACCAUGGCCCAGGCCAAGCUGGUCACCGUGAAGUCAUCCCGCGCCCAGAGCAAGCGCAAGGCGCCCACCCUCACCCUCCUGAAGGGCUUCAAGAUUUUCUGAGGCCUCCUCCUUGGCAGCACCGGGGUUGGCCACUGAGUGUGGCUGUAGAAACCGGGGACUGGCUUUCGAUGACAGCCUUUCCCGCUGAUGGCCUGAUGGGCAGCUGCACCUGCCUCCAGCACCAAGCAGUGUCCCCACACUGUGAGCCAGAUUGACGGGCUGGGAUGCUGCUGCUAUUCAUUCCUAUCAGGUCUUCGUCUCCAUGGCAACCACUGCAUCUAGGGCCCUGUUUCUAGGGAAACAGCCAUUGCUAUAGCCCAGAGAUCUGGGGUCUGCCAUAGCAGGAAGAAGCUGGUGUCCAUUCUGCUGCCAUGAUCCCUGCUGCUGCAUAGCUGAGAGAGCUAUGUUCCAUCAUGGAUGGACAGCUUGCAGAGGCCUGCAGGAGGGCCUGGCCUCACCUGGUUGGGGGCAGAGGCAGUGCAGCUGCUUAGAAGUUGGAGCCUGGCCCUCCUGUUCUCUUACCUCACAGGAGCCCCAGGCAACAACCCUAGUGUUUCCAAGAAAGAUCUGCUUAAAUUCUAUGGGAAAGCUGGACAGGGCGAGGGGUCCCAGGCAGGGGUAUUUCCGGUUCUUUGCCUUUCAGAGAGGGGAGAAGGGCACCUUCAAGGGGAUUUUACCAGGAUUCAGGGUCCUCUGUCCUCUCUUUAUUAAGGACUUCAUCUGCAGACCCUCAAGACCAGCCUCAAGUUUAGUGACCGAGGCUGCAGAACACAGUUGUCCUCUCCAGUGAGAGUUCCUGGCCCUAGACGGCUCACAACAGGUAGGGUCAGAUGCCACCUGGCAGCCACCAGUCGUCCGCCCACUUGUAAAUAGAAAUGGUAUAGUCUGCAGUGUGGUUUGGCAGGACUCAUGACCUCCAGCGACAGAUCUGAGCUUUCAAAGUCCACCUUUUUUUUUUUUUUUUUUUUUUUUUUUUUUUUUU